AUGGCCAAGCAAGAUACACGCCAAGGAGGGUGGAGCAUGAACAUCUUCAUGCCGUCGCCUCGCCUUGGGCAUCAGUCACCGAAGAGGGGUGACUCGUCCAAAUCCUUCGAUUCAGAUGUACCGGACUUGACAGAGAUCAACAGUUACAUCCAGUCAAAGGCCAAGUCUCAGUAUGGAUCUGUCGUGGCUACCCUGCGGGAAUGUUGCAACGACAAGAAGAUAGGCUCUAAGGCGAAACAUGCUCUGAAGGAUCUCACCUUCUUCAGACCCUCCGGCAGCAGUGGGUCCCUCCUUAUCCUCCUACUGUCGCAACUCAAUGAGGAGGAUAAGAUCUCCAGCAAGGAUGAGCGCAAAGUUCUCCGACUGCUUCACUUCUUGUUGUGCCGAUACGUCGAAGAAUUCCCCGAUCAAGCCAACCAAGUUCUGAGUGUCAUCGAGCGAGGUAGCAGCUCCUCAAAGUCGGCUCCUCAGCGAAUGGCGAGCUAUCGCAGCAUGGGAUGUCUGGCGCGGCACGGGGGGGCUGAAGGACAUGUCGUGACGAUGCUAGCAGAGCAGCUCGAGAAGGCAGCUGACCCUCGAAGCAGGAUGUCGAUCCUGGGAGCCCUCAAGCGUUUCUCUGUGAAGGACGACUCGAGCAGUCAGGAGAGGUUUGCUCUGGCUGCCUCACUUUACAGCGGUAUCCGAGCGUGCGGACGAACAAGAUCAGCUCCAGCUCAGAUCGUGCUCGCUGGCUGGCGCUUUCACGACGUCAUGAUCUUGCGGCACGUCCUUGCGCUCAUGCUCGAGAUGGCUCCAGUGCAUGCCAUCUCCGUGCUGAGCAGCCUGCUGGAAGUUCUCUCCAACCCAGCGCACGUCAAGCUGAUUCUCAGCGACUCCUCCUGCGGCGUGUUCCUUGUCCGGCUGAUCAGGUGGAGCAAGACGGUGCAGGGAGGAGGAGACGUCGCUCCUGCGCAGGAGGAGAAGGCAGGGGGCAUCGUGAGGGAGAUCGCGCAAACUGCCCAGCAGAUCCUUCAGGGUGUCGCUGACAUCCCGUCUGACCGCAUCUUCCUAGAGCUUCUGCAGGCCUUCGACUUCAAGGAGUUCCCCUCAAACUCGAUCACAGCUGUCAUGAAGCGGUUCGACCAGAUGUUGAGGUCCAACCGCAUCCCCCAGCAGACGGCCGCCUGCCGGUACCUCAAGGGCUUCCUGUGCGACAACAUCGAGAUGCUGGCGUCCAGACCCGAACUUACGGGGGAGAUUCGAACCACGUGCACGCACCUCCUCUUCUCUCGCUGCUCCUUUCUUCGAUGCCAGGCCAUGUGCGUCCUUGUGUGGCUGUUGCCCCAUCAAGAACUCACCAGCAACUUUCUCCUCCAAAUUCGCAAUGUCGAGGCCGACAAGCAGUCAAGCGUGGUGGCAGACGAGGGGAAGGCGGGAGGGGCGAAGCAUUUUUUCCCAAAGGAGAUGAUCAGCCAGCUCACCACCAGGUGUCCGGAAGAAGCUGCCGGUCGUUUGGAUCCUAUCCUUCUCGCAGACUGCUGGAAGGCGCUUGCGAGCAUGCGGCCCAUGCUGGAGGGCUGGAGGAGGAAGAUCGUCAAGGGGAUGCUGAGCCUGAGGGAGAGAAGCUGUCCUCGAGGAGAGAUGCUGAAGCUUCAAGAGAUCGAUCGCAUCGCCAUCUGGUCCCUCGGUCGGCUCGCUCCUCUCCUCCUCUGUACUUGGGAGGAGGCCCAGGGGGAAGGGGAAGCAACACCCUCAAAGGCUUCGGGACUGAGGGCUGACGAAGAGGUGGAUCCCGAGACGGGGAUGGCGACCUGGCAGCUCGCAGGCACCAUCGCUCUUCAAUUUGCAGAUCCUGUUCGCAUCUCCGUCUACGAGCAUCUCGUCGAUCUGACCAACGAGGAGGGAUAUGGCCUGAUGGGCGUUGCUGCCUCCUACCUCGCUGCUCUGGACGAGUGGUAUGAUGCUGUACAAGAGCUCGAGGAAGGCCGCGUCCUCGUCGACGUCCAAGGACUUUCAGCUCGUCAACGCGGCUGGCUCAGUGGAAUUCGCUCACAACUCCUCGCCUUCAGCUAG